AUGUUGGUUGCUACACUCAGUGCCUUGCUACGACGCCAAGUAGCGCACGUAGCCUACCGUGUCGCUGAGUUGCUGAGGCGUCGUGCUGCCUGCUGUGUCCUCGAGGUGCAUUUGUGCAUGAAGAUCACGCGACGCGUGGUGUCGUCUGCAGGUGGUUGCGCGCUGGUGAAUGCGAGUACUGCCCGUAAGGCGAUCGACAAGAUAUCUGAUCCUAAUGGCGAGGGCGGCACACACAAUGGGGAAGGGGGUGCAACGAGUCGACUGCCCGAUGUUCGUAGAGUGCCCCGACGUCGCACACAACUGCCAUCAGUACAACAAAUCGACACGUCCACGAAGCCUGAUAACAUACAAGGCGAUCCAAUGUUGGACAGAACGCUUGUCGAACCAGAACGUGUUGGCGACCGCACGAAACGUUCAGAAGUUGUUGCACGCACAACGAGCCAGCCCGAUAGUGAUGACUUUGUUGAUGACAUACCUCUAUCCCACUUGGUCGAAAUUGCAAAAUCUCGGCAUGGUACCCGUCACAGCACAAGCGUGCCCUUAGUACAUCAGAGUGACACUCAUACGAAGCCCGAAAACACUCAAGAAGUGUCGAAGAGAAUACUUGAUGCACCGGAGCACAUUGAUGUCUGUCCAAAACGUCCCAAAGUUGGUGCACGCAUAACGAGCCAGUCCGACGGUGACGAUUUUGUCGAUGAUGUACCCAUACGCUGUCUGGUUGGGAUCACAAAACCUCAGAAUGACAAGGUAGUGUUGUCCGUGAGAUCGGUACCGAGGAUGUUUCCGACGUUCAGAUCGUGGAGCAACGAGACCUUACGAGAUAGAGAAUGCGCCGAGAUCACUUCGGGAGCAUUCGGGAGGGGGUUCGUUGACGUAGACCUCAAAGUGCCGACCGAUUCCUGCCACGACAAUAAGUUGGAUAUGAAAUUUGAUGACGUAACUGCUGGGGUCCCAGAUAAUCGGGACGUACAG